AUGAACAAAGGACAAACAUUCAUCCAUACCAUUGGGUUGGAUUCCUACAGAUCCAUCAACCAACAUUUCCAGACAAUUGUGGAACAACAAAGACAGUUCCAUCAAUGGCUAGAAGAUAUUGUGACUGAUUGCAAAGCAGCUUUUGAAAAACCAGACAUCAGGUUAUUGCCAAAGACGCCUACAGUUAAGAGAAGCAAAAAGAAAACCAAAAAACGUGACAGCAGUGAUGUUUUUGAACAACCAUCCAAAAAAAGUUUACGAGACAAUGAUGAAACAGAUGUUGAAGAAGAACAACCUAGAAGACGUCCACAGCGACGUGCUGCAUCAAGAACAGUUUCAAGCUCCUCCAGUAAAGCUUCUCAGACACGAAAGAAAAAGAAGGUUUCUGGAGAUGGCCCACAAUUGUCAAUUACGAAAGUUAUAGAAAAAGAGAACUCUGAGCCUGUGCUUGAAAGCACACCAGAAAAUGAUAGACUUCAUAUACCUAAAUCAAUGCCCAAUGUGAUGCCCAUUAAAAUGUCACCCCUACGUAAACAUACUGUGACAGGUCCUUGUAUGAAGAAGGCUGGGCCAGGUCAUGUAAAGGAUAAAGUUCUUGUGUUUGAGGACUUGAUGGAGUUGAGUAGUCCUACAACACCACAAAACAAUAGCUGCACAACAACCCCCAAAAAUAAUAAUAGCUGCUCCACAACUCCUGUCACACAAAAGAAGCUGUACAGUGCAGUCGAAUCAAAUUUGUACGAGGAAACGAUACCUGUACCAGAGACUCCUGAACAGAACAACAAUGUUUCUACACCAGACACUGUCAAAGGACCAGAAAAACAAGUAUUAGUAUCUUCUGUAGUAACGCCGUCACGCAACAAUAAUAAUCCAUCAAAUGUUACAGAGACCCCAAACACAACUCUCACCCCAUUAGCUCAUACUGGACCCAAGGAACGCCGUCAAAGUUCCCGAAGGUCAUCUACCUGCAGAAGGUCACGAAGGACAUCCAGAGCAAGCUUAAGGAAAUCAUUGAAAAUGAUUGCGUCUCAAAGUAAAUUGGAAAUGACAAAACUAAGAAGCCAAUUACAGAUUCCUGCCAUGGCUUCUACUGCUAUCGUAAACCAAGAUUCUCCCAGUACUGAAGGAUUCCUAAAAGAUACAGCUACUACUGAAAGAAAAGUUGUCCACACGAAACUAAAGUUGAAGAAAAAAGAGAUCCCAGUUGAUGAUUCCUCAGUUGUUUCCAGUCAACAAUUGUCAAAGACAAGCAAUUCGUCAGGAGGAGAGGAAAAUGACAACAGUGCUAGUUGUCAACAGCAAAGUAACCAAUCAGACAAAGUGCUUGAUACGCCAAAGACUUCAUGUAAUGAAGAUGAAUGGUUUUAUGAAGAAGUGGUUCAGAACCUUAAGAUAGUUUAUGUUGAAGAUUCUGAUAUUGAACAACUUUCAGAUAUAGAUGAUGUGAAAAAGAGUGAUCCAGAUAGCGAAGCAUGUGAGAAAAAUAAUGCCGGUAGGAAAAGGGGUAGGUCAACAUUCAAUGCUAAGGAUAUUAAUAAUGAGGUCAGUGAAAGUUCUCCUCUUAAAGAAAAGACUUCACCCACUGAUGUGUCGUCUGAUACAGCCAGUGUAAAUAAGAAGCCAGUGUGUGCUAAUACACGGACCAAGCAACGCAAGAACACGGCUACAUCAUCAGUGUCUUCCAAUGAUGAUUUAGCACUUGAUAGAGACUCUGGCUUGGGAAAAGACAGUGAUAUCACAAGAAGCACACGAUCAAAGAUGCGUAAACCAAAUGCUGCUACAAGUUCUGUGGAUGACAGUGAUGCUGAUGAUGAGAGAAUGGCAGAAGAAGAAGUUGUGCCAGUUCGGCAGAGUACUCGAACAAAGCAGAGAAAACAAACUGCAUCAACUGCUUCAACAACUUCUGAUUUAGGGGACAGUUCCUCUGAACCACCUCUUAGGACCAGUUCUCGGACCAAGCAGAGGAAAAAUACUGCUGCUUUAUCUGCUUCGUCUGCUGAUGAUGAGGUGAUGGAAGUUGAUGGAAAUAGUCAGAUUCGUCAAAGUACACGCUCGAAGGCACGCAAACCAAGAGCUGCACCUAUGUCUGUCAGUAGUGAUGAGGGGGAUGACCCAUUUUUGAUGCCAGAUGCACCUCCGAUGCGAUCUACAAGAACAAAGACAAGGAAAAGACAGUUGGAUGAGGACAAUAGUGCUGAUGAGUCAAUAUCUAAAAAGUCCUGUACAGAACACUCUAUAUCACAGGUGGAAGAUUCAUUUGAACAGUUGGAGAGGCUAUGUAACAGCAGUGCUGAUUUUUCAAACAGGGAAAUUUCAACACCAAAAUCCAGUGACAACAGUGACACUGGAUCUGCAGAGAAACUAACGCCCUCUGCAAAACCACCUUCGUUUGUAAACAAUUUAUCAAAGGUCCUGCCACCGUCCGCUUUGUCAACAGGAAUAAUGAAGUCCUUCAUCAAAAAUAAAAAUUCUCCUGCCAAACUGACUAUAAAGGAGCAACAAGAGCUGCGUAAGAAAGAACUGAGUGAAAAGCAGAAAAAGGACGAACAAAGACUGCAACAGCGAGAUGCCUUACUGAAGAUCAGGAUUGAAGAGCAGCGCAAGAAAAGGGAAGAGAGGAUGAAAAAGGCAGCUGAUCAGAGACAGCUGUUACAGAAGCAUGACAUCGAUCUGAAGAACAAACUUCAGAGACAGCGUGAAGAAAAGUUACAACAGACAGAAAACUUACGAGAGGAGAAAAUGAGGGAGGAACGAGAGAAACAAAGGAUAAGGUUGAAAAAGAUGCAAGAAGCAGAGGAAAGGAGAAAGUUGGAUGAAGAAGAAAGAUUACGAAAAUUGAAGGAACAGGAGGAAGAAGAAAAGAGGCUGAAAGAUUUACAGGCUAAGAAGAAGGAACAGGAACAGAGAGAGAGGCAGCGAUUGAUUUUAGAGGAGCGCCGUCGUCAGGAGGAGAGGGCUGCCCAGGUAGAACGUGAACGUCAGGCUGAACAGGAAAGGCUGAAACUGGCAUUAGAAGAGGAGCGACAGAAAGAAGCAGAAAGACAGCGACUGAGAGAACAAAGGGAAAAGGCUGCAGCUUUGGCCCAGGCAGAGAAAGAGAGACUAGAACUUGAGAAAAGGAAAGAACGAGAACUCCAACUGAAAAAGAAUCUAGAAAAACAGAAAGAAAUGGCCAGAAAACAACAGGAGAAAUGGGAUAAACAGAAAGAAGAACAGAAGAGGCAGGCUGCUGAACUACAGAACCUGAUAGCUAAACACAAUGCCAGUGUAACAGCUCCAACCCAGGUCAAAAAGGCUCCACUGCCUAAACCUACGUUUAUAAACACUACACAAAACAUGUCACAGUCAACCAAUUCAGACUCAUAUGAGAUGACUCCAGUGAGGAAAUAUUCAAGAAACAGUGAUAACUACGACAUAACUGAUAUGAAAUCGGACGACUCUACUGAUGAUGAUGAGAAACCCAGAAGAAAGAUACCUGCAUGGGCUCAAGGUCCCAAUUUGAAGGCUUCUCUUAUCAACCAACACUACCAUCCACCAAACCUCCCACAGCUGUUUGGACCUAUUGAUCCACCAGAUUUAAACCUACUCUUCAAUAAGAAGAAGGCCCGCUUCAACAAGCGCACAAGCUCUGCCCACUGGGACUCUCCAAUUAUGAAACCAGGAACAACAUUCCUGAAUUAGAUUGUGUGUUCAUUGGAUUGUUAAUGCCUCCAUCAGUUUUACAGAUUAUUUUUUACUUUAAGCAACCUGAAGUGAUAGGAGUGAUAUUUGAAGGAGUUUGAAUUGAAGUUA